CAGAAAGUUAAGUUCAAGAUCACGAACACCAUUGUUCAAGCUUUUGCCCAUCAUUGUUCUAUGAGAUUAGGGUUGCAGUGUUUCUAGACUCUAGAGCCAGUGGAGUUUCUGGUUUUCUAAUUUUGCAUUUCCUGAGUCAACCUUAAUUUCUGGUGAAAUUGUGCAUUUCUCUGUUCAUGAAGAGGUUUCCUCUCUGGAUGCAUGACUUAUAGUCUUAUGGGCUCUUUAUUUGAAAAUAGUUGAAUUAAUUCAACCGCUGUUCUUACUUUUAUUGAACUAUAUUUCAUGUAGUUGUGCUGAAAACCUUGAUUUAUUUUUGUUCUGGAGGUUUUAUCAGAAAACUGCAUGUUCUUCUGAGUUCAAUUGUUAAAUGUACAUGAUUGAUGAUGAUUCUUGAAAUGGAAUCCCUAGAUUGUCAAUGGAAGAAUUUGUGGAGACAUCUCUGUAUCCCGUGCUUUUGGUGACAUGCGGUUUAAGACAAAGAAGAAUGAGUACAUUCUCUCUUUUUUCUCUUCUAAAUCAUCAGAAUUUUUUAGUCGAAUUUUGCUCAGCUAACAAUCUUGGGCUGUUUUACUCAUGGAAAGGAUGCUGGAGAAGGGAGUUGAGGAAGGCAGAUGGUCUCAAAAAUUUAUUUCUCGGAUACAAUUUAAUGGAGACUUGGUUGCUGCAUAUCCUGAUAUUUUUCAACUAGCUCUUGGAUCAGAUGCUGAAUUUUUGUUAUUAGCAUCUGAUGGCUUGUGGGACUACAUGAACAGCUUGGAUGCAGUUGCUUUUGUUAGGAAUCAACUACGACAGCAUGGAGAUGUUCAGAUAGCCUGUGAAGCACUUGCGCAAGCAGCUUUGGUAUGACGUGCCAGGAUGAUCUUUUUUCCUUCUGCUUCAUAUCUAAAAUUAUUUGCUUUGUCUGUUCUAUUAACUCUGCAAGUUUAUAUAUUACAGGACCAAGGCUCACAAGACAAUGUCAGCAUUGUCAUUGCUGAUUUAGGGUAUGCACUUUUGUUUGGCAGUAGUUGUUACCAUUCUUGUGCUGAGACAGUUCAUUUGACUGGAUAUUUGGUCUCUGACCUAUAGUUGGCUUUAUUAACUACAGAAUGAAUUUCAAAACUUAGUGUUAUAUAGUCUCUUCCAGUUGACUUUUCAUUGUAUUCGUCAUCUAAAUGCCUCGUGACUGAAUACAUGUUUAUUACUGCUAUUAUUUUCAAAAUUCUAUUGAACUCAACUUUAUUGUAACAACUGUUUCUUUGCCCCUGCUAAAAGGAUAGAUGUGACUUGGGGUCAGUUGGUGGAGAUAUUGGAGCAUAAUAUUCCUGAAUCAUCAACCUAUUCUACAUCUAUGAAUUCUUUACAGCUAUUUUAUUGAUUAAAGAAUGACACCCUUCCUUUCUUUUUAACUUUUCGUUUGCUCUUGGCUGUGACUUGUGCACAGGCAUACAGAUUGGCAAAGUUUGCCUCUGCCGCAAUACAACUUUUUGUAUGAAUUGGGCCAGGUUUUUGCAACUGUUGGUAUUGUUUCAUUUGGAAUAUGGAUGACAUAUCAGCUUUCUUCAUGAGUUUGAAGCCUGCCGUCACUGUAUACAAUAAUUCAACCAAGAUUUUUACCCCUCAUCUAUUGUUUGUAAAUAUACGUCCUAAAUCUUAAAC